AUGGGUGAAUAUUGCUUGAAUCCAGUCACCAUGGGUUCCAUAACAAAAGAGAAAUUCAAGUGGUUACAUGUGCGGGGAUUUAUUUGGGUGACCUACAUACCCCGUGUUUUACUACCAGAGUUUAGUGUUGCUAAUUCUGAUAUUGUAGUGCACAGAAUUUACAACAAUUGCCCAUCCUUGAUAGUGGAAAGUUCUGGUAUCGGUCUCAUAUACCAGCAAGACGAGGAGGAAUUUAAGCAAGCAAUAAUCCAAUCCUGGACCUCCUUCUUUGACAAUGCGGAUCCCAUCCGUCAGUUUGUCGAAGGUCACUCUCCCGAGCAGCCAAAGCAAGAUCAUAUGCCCCAACCACACCAUGUUCAGGACUUUAAUCGAGACAUCAUACUCCACGCAAUUUUCCGUCCGAUUACCGAAAUUCUAGAGUGGUAUCGUUUUCACGUCAGUGGUUCUUCAGUGCAGAUCCCGUUGCCGCCAUCUCUAUGUACUCAGAGAAAUUGGACAGGACUAGCGCUUUAUGCAUAUUUCUCAGAUCUUGAGAAUCCAACUGCCUCCCUAGACAACUUCGAUCCAGAAAAUCCUCACAACCUGAUUUGUCACUUGGAAACUGACAACACUAGUUUGGAACUCCACUCCUAUCGAUCAACUGGCCAUGAAUUAAAGUGGUUAGAAGAUGGAGGAUUCAUUUGGCUGACCUAUAUACCACGGAAAUGGUUUCAAGAUCAGUUGAAUGGAUGUAGUCACUUAUUGGAUGCUUCAUUUGCAAGCGAUAGGGCAGGGCUGUAUGCGAAAAUCUGUGGUUUCCGUCCCGUAUACCAGCAUGAUGGUGAGAGCGAGGUAGGACCUAGCAGAGCAGAUAGCUCCAUCCAGGACGCUCACCAUGAAAGAUUGGAAGGAGCCGAGGGUCCUAAUAAGCCUAAAGACAAGGGUAAACAAGUUCAGGAAUAG